GUUGACUCGAUGUUAUACAGUAGCGAAUUGACAGCUAGUAUGCUCGUGGAUUCUGAACGAAGUAAACGAAGUGAGCGAAAGAUUCAGCCAAAGUCUCCUCGGUUCUCUUCGUCUCUCUGAAGUAAUUUGAGGCGUAUUUAUUUCGCAUUGUACUCGUGUGAUUGCCCAACAGUCAUCUGACUUGGCCUAUUGUGAUGGAAACCGUGUGAAAAAUUUUAUUCCAACGUAGAAGUAAGAAUUUACUCCUCUUACAACUGACAUUGUCAAAGGAGAAAUCAUCCUCGGUUAUACCAUUUGAAAAAUAUGGGACCUUCCUUGAACCAGGAUCAGACUGUAAGUGACGACCGGAAAUCGCCACAAAAUGAGCAGAAUAUGAGAAUGUCGGGACCAGAAGUAAUCCCGGUCUCAAGGUGGAGACAAGCAGCUCCCCAGGUAUUGGCUGUUGGCGCAAAAAACCUUUUAUUACUGAGCUAUGGUUGUACUGUUGGCUUUGCCACCAUUCUACUUCCAGCUCUACAGAAAGCGGAACCCGACAUUGAUGUCACCCUUGACGAAAUCACGUGGAUCAGUAGCAUCAACUUGAUCCUCGUCCCUGUCGGAUGUCUGGGGAGUGGAUUGAUAUCUGGCUACCUUGGGAGAAGGAAGACAAUGAUGAUAUCAAAUGCUCCGUUCAUCGCCGCCUGGAUUCUCUACUAUUAUUCUUACAACUCGACAAUGCUGUUUUGCGCCUUAGCCAUGACGGGGUUGACCGGUGGGCUCUUGGAAGCACCGGUGCUAACGUAUGUCGCAGAGGUGACGCAACCACAUCUUCGGGGCAUGCUCUCCGCGACCUCGACCAUGUCCGUAAUCCUCGGCAUCUUUAUUCAGAUGCUAGCGGGCAGCUUGACCACCUGGAGGAUGGCCGCUCUCAUAAACAUAACUUUUCCGACAUUGUGCUUCAUUUUACUUUGUCUCAUUCCCGAAAGUCCUCAUUGGCUCAUUGGAAAGGGACGCAUGAAUGAGGCCUUAAAGGCGUUGCGCUGGCUUCGGGGAUGGGUGCCAGCCGAACACGUUCGGGCGGAAUACAACAGCGUCUGCGAGGCCAUUCAAAAGUCGCAACAUUUAGAUUCAGAGCGUGGAGUAAGAGCCUGGAGCCACUACACGGAUCGCACUUUCUGGGUGCCCUUCUUCUUGGUCAGCUGGGUCUUUCUUAUCGGUCACUUUGGCGGCAUGGCACCGUUGCAGACGUUCGCAGUAUCUAUCUUCAGUGAUCUUCAUGCACCUAUCGAGAAAUUCAAAGCCGCGGUGAUGUUGGGCGCUGCUGAACUGCUCGGCACGUUGUCUUGCGUCAUUCUGAUACACUUUACUGGAAAACGGAAGAUCGCCUUGAUUUCCGUUCUCAGCACGGCCAUUUGCUUUUCUAUUGCUGCACUUUACGGUAGCAUGAUCAAUCAAGGCCUCAUCGUAGGCGAAGACUACGCUUGGAUACCAACUUACGCCUUAAUUGGCAGUGCCUACUUUAGUCAUUUGGGGAUAAGAUUGCUGCCAUGGGUACUCAUAGGGGAGGUUUUCUCAGCACAGGUCCGGAGUAUUGCAGCGGGGGCAGCCAGUGCUUUUGGAUAUGCGAGUAACUUCGUCGUGAACAAGGUUUACCUCUACAUGAAGGAAGGAAUGACACUGGCUGGUACAUUUUGGUUUUACUCCGGGGUCGGGCUUGUGGGAGGCAUCGUGAUCUACUUCAUUUUGCCAGAAACGGAGGGACGGACUCUCAGAGAGAUCGAAGAACACUACGCGGGAACUCAAAAUCUGAAAACUAGACCGAGAAAAGAAGAUCUACCGAUUAAAGAGAAAUGGUCUGCGUCUAACCCAACUCCAGUAACUGACGUCGUGGAAAUUAGGCUCUGAAGUGAAAGUUAAGGACUUCCUAUCUUUAAAUUAGUAAAGGAAGUCAAGAACUCGAUAAUGUGA